AAAUAACCUCAUCCUGCUACCAUAAAUACCCAGCGUAAUCACGCAAACUUUGAGCAGGUGGCUGGAGUUUAAAUCAGAGAGAAUCACAAAGCUGCUAAAUCUUUCGUUUUCUCCUCAGCAUUUGUGCUAUUAUCUUUAGUCGCAAUCCUCUAUUCCAAGUGUACAUAUACCUAUAGGUUAGAUUUUCAAUUACUUAGAGUUGGCUUUGCAUAUACCCGAAAAACACCUCCUCCUUUCCCACUACGUUUGCUUCAUAUUCUGUGCGAGCCAUUUACAUUUCCAUUUCCACCAAGUUUUGCUACAGUUCACUCUUUCUUUCCUUCUCUCUCUGCAAGGAGAGAGAUUGUACUGGCCAUAUUUCCUCCACAGGUCGCCGCAUAUUUGAUAGUAAAGGUUAAUCGAACAUGAAGCUUUCCAUGUCUGCCUGUAAGCAGGCUCUGCAGCCGCUGGUGAAUUUCCAGGUUGGACUCAACAUGGAGCAUUUCUUCCGACGGAAAGAUAAGGUUGUGUUUGUAAUGGGAGCUACGGGUACUGGCAAGUCACGGCUUGCAAUUGAUCUCGCUAAUCGUUUCCCUGCAGAGAUUGUAAAUUCUGAUAAAAUACAGGCUUACAAAGGCCUUGAAAUAGUCACCAAUAAAGUUACAGAAGAGGAGUGUUAUGGUAUCCCCCACCAUUUGCUUGGCACAAUAGACCCCAAUUCACAUUUCGCUGCAAUUGAUUUUCGAAACGAAGCUUCAUUAGCAACUGAAUCCAUCCUCUCACGACAUCGCCACCCCAUCAUCGCCGGUGGCUCCAAUUCCUACAUUGAAGCUCUUGUCAACGAGGAUCCCGACUUUCAAUUAAGGUACGAAUGUUGCUUUCUGUGGGUUGAUGUUUCCCUGCCUGUUCUCCAUUCUUUUGUAUCGGAAAGAGUUGAUCGGAUGGUGGAGCUUGGCCUGGUAGAAGAGGUGAGAAGUAUAUUUGAUCCACAGGCUGAUUAUUCCCAAGGGAUUAGACGGGCAAUUGGGGUCCCUGAAUUAGACCAGUAUUUACGAGCCGAAUCGAUUCUUGAUGAUGAAACUCGCAUCAAAUUCCUCCAAGCUGCCAUUGCGAAAAUCAAAGACAACACUUGUUCGCUUGCUUCUCGCCAAUUACAAAAAAUUCGAAGGCUGUUUAAUCAAUGCAAUUGGAACAUGCACCGCAUAGAUGCCACUGAAGUCUUCCUAAAACGGGGCGUAGAGGCGGACCAAGCUUGGGAAGAGUUAGUGAGACUACCCAGUUCAAAAAUUGUUGAAAAAUUUCUUUAUCCUGAAGAACGUAUCGCCACCAUUGUAUCCGCCGGCACAGCUGCCCCCACAACCAUUACUCCUCCACACAUGACCAUUGCUGCUGUGGCCGCCGUAACUCGUUAGAUGAUGUCAUUUGGCAUUCUAUCACAUGUAAGGGGUAUUUGGUUUGGAUAAUGUUUUAUUACCAAAA